GGCACACAGAACAUCCUUGUCGACGACGAAUUCAACUUCCAGGCGAUCAUCGACUGGGAGUUCACCCAAACCGCGCCGUGGCAGGUCUACCACUACCCGAUGCCCUUUCCGCUGCUGGGGUCGGACGCGGAGAUCAAAGACAUCCUCCAAAUCCCGAUCACCGUGCGUAUAGGAACGUGUUGCGGCAGGAGCCUGCUCAAAAAAUGUACGCCCAGAAGUUCCGAGACGCCGAGAUAGAACUUCGGAAGAAGGGGCGGUCUCUCGGAGGCUCAAUCGCCGAAGUGCUAGAUAGCCCGGCGUCGAGGAUAUGUGCCUGCUUCACGAAGCUUGGCGGCUUGCCAGAGGCAGAUGGGGGCCUGGUCCACCAGAUGGUGCGGCUCGCCUUUGACUUGGGCGCUGAAGGGACAGAACGGUAUCUCUGUGAGAUGGAGGGUAAGCUGAAACGACUAGACAAGGUGGGAGGUAUCUGGGCAGGUCACGGGUGCCUCGAUAAUGCCAGGCCACCUAGCGCUGCUUAGAAGAAGAGAAGUAAAUCUUCAGAUCUUCGUCGAGGUUAGCUUCGCAAAGAUGAUGCCAAAGCUCCCGGGAGGUUCACCAAAGAGGACCGCGCAAAU